AUGGCUGGACUGACUUGGAUCAGAUUGCAUCUCAAUCCGUGGGCGAACGUCUCGAAAUUCGAAGACGUCUCGCCCUCAGAUCGACGACAGUACAUUCUCGAUUCGCUCGAGCAUUCCAGACGAAGAGAAUGGCUCUGGGUUGUGGUUGUUGCUGGAGUCGGCUUCUUGACCGACGCGUACAACAUCUUUGCUAUCAACCUCGUCAUGCCUAUGAUAGGACACGUCUACUACACUAGUGGCGUCGUUCCACAUGAGUACGAAGUAGCGAUCAAUAUCGCAACUCUAGGAGGAAGUAUUAUAGGUCAGCUUGGCUUUGGCAUAGCUGGAGAUUGGUUGGGUCGGAGAAAGGCUUAUGGUCUCGAGCUCAUCAUUACUGUUGUCGCAGCUCUGGGCUCUGCAAUGGCCUCGAACGGUAUCAAUGGUUCUAUGUCGCUUAUUGGGUGGUUGAUUUUCUGGCGCCUGAUCAUGGGCAUCGGUAUCGGCGCUGACUACCCGCUGAGUGCUGUUCUUUGCUCAGAGAUGGCACCCACCAGGCUUAGAGGCAGAAUGUUGACUGCGGUCUUCAUGUGCCAGCCUCUCGGGCAACUGCUGGCUACUCUAGUCCCUCUUAUCGCUGUAUACGCUGCUCGCAAGCGACUCCCACAAGGAACAAGGCAGUGCGACGAGGACUGCCAAAAGACACUCGACAUUAUCUGGCGUCUGGUCUUGGGUCUUGGAGCUGUUCCUGCGGCAGCUUCCCUUUGGUUUCGUCUGACCAUCAUCGAAAGUCCAAGAUAUACUGUUGAUAUUGUGCGAGACGAUCAUCAGGCUGCCAUCGAUGUCAAUAGCUACUUCUAUUCCGGCGACCAUCUCUCAACCAGAAGCUUUGAUCCUUCUCAGCAAGAUCAAGAAGAUGGAGAGCACAUUGAAGGAGUUGAUAACGCAAUGUUUCAACUCUCUGUCACCGAACCAGAAUUUUCUCAAGCACCUCAAGCCUCGAUUUCAGACAUCGUAGACUACUUUUGGCAUAGAGGAAACUAUCGCACCUUGGUAGCGACUUCAUUGACUUGGCUGUCUCUGGAUUUGGCUUUCUACGGACUCGGCAUGAACGAUUACACCACUCUUGAACACAUAUGGUCAAACAACAGUCUGGAACAAGAGCCGUUGUACCAAUCCUUACUGGUCAACGCCUGGCAAAGCCUGUUGAUUGUAUCUCUGGGGGCCAUACUCGGCAAUCUGCUUACAAUGGUCGCCAUCAAUCGUCUGGGUCGAAGAACAAUCCAGAUCAACGGCUUCUUCUGGCUCUUCGUCUUAUUCCUCGUAAUUGGUACGAGCUAUCGUACGCUGAUGAAGACUCAACGAUCUUCAGUACUGGUGGUAUUGUACAUCUUGACACAGAUCUUUUUCAACUUUGGGCCUAAUACCACAACAUACAUCAUCCCAGCAGAAGUGUUUCCUACUCGCUAUAGAUGCACCGCCCAUGGCAUCAGUGCAGCUUUCGGUAAAUUUGGUGCUGUGUUAUCUCAAUGCAUCUUAGGGUGGAUCAAGGGCAGUAUCAAAGAUGACAAGACAUAUCUCCUCGUCUUCUCCGCAUUCAUGCUUAUAGGACUUGUGUUGACGAUAUACUGGAUCCCGCGAUCACGCGACAAGAAUGGGCAGACUUUGACGCUCGAAGAGCUCGCAUUGGGACGUGCUGCUAAGUCCAAGUAGGAGGAUCUUUUGAGUGAAUCUUGCGAAAGUGGAUUGUGUUGCGAUUUGUAUCUAAUGCUCUAGACAUCUAAUCACCCAAAUCGCCAUGUCUUUCCAAACUGAAAACG